AUGAGUUUGGGUUUCAAGUUAUACAAUAAUAACGGGAAUAAUGAGGUAAUCAACAAGAGAAGGAAGUUAAGUAUUGGAAGUGAGGGGAGUGAAUCAACUGGAGAGAAACUAAACGAAAGCUUUAAUAGAUUGAAUUUGAGUGGGGGCAAUCCUUCCAGCUCAUUUUAGCCCUAUGUUAAGAUAGCCAUCCCUCAAGUCCCUCAAACGGAGAGAUCUCUUCCUAAACCACCUUAAUUGGUUUUGGGAAUCUAAAAGUAUCUCAAAUUGGGAGAAGAUUUAGAUGUCUCAGAUCUCUUAACCAAGCCUUUUAAUGAUCUGCAACAGAUACAAAACAAUCUAGCUCAAACCUAAUAGAGAUUACACUUCAUCCCCUUUGGAAUGCCUGCCAAUUAUGAAAAAUUAAUGGCCGAAGCCUAGUAAGUUCUCAAAACAGAAAUAAGAGUUGAAGAAGAAAGACAGAAAAGAUCUAUGGAUGACUUUCUCAUCGAAUAGAAACUAUUGAAUCCCGGAUAGAAACUAAGUAAAGAAGAAAGAGCUGCUAAAGUUGCUGCCUAUUUGGAGAAGAAACACAAUAGACAGUGGAAACAAGUCAGGUAAUUCUAUUGUUGUAUAUGUUUAUAGAUACCCUGUAAGAAAGAAUCUGGCAGAAUACCGGUAAAGAGAAUAGGGAAGAUUCACUAGAACUGAUAAACCCCGUUUCAACCAGAGUCUGAUCAUGUUAGAUAAGGAGGAGAGGAAAAUGGAAACAUUGGCUAAUUCAUAUUCUUUAUUCAUAAUUAAUAUUAUUAUUAUUAUUUAGAUUAUUAUGAGUGACUAAGAAAUAUUAUUAGUUAAAAUAUUUAGAAAAUACUUUUUAAAUGCUUACAAGCUAAUCUUUUCAUUGGACUAAAAGUAAGCAGAUAGAUUCAAAGAAAAAAAUACCUAUUAUUACACCUAAUAGCAUAAGGAUUGUCAUCAUGAACAUAAAGAUGAUGAUAGGAAUUGUUGUGGAUCCUUCUUUGCUAAAGUCUACAUACCUGAAAAAGAAAGAAGUGCCCUAGAACAAAUUGUAUUUGAAUAAUUGUCUAAGAACAAUAUUCGAGCCAAAUUGCCAUAGAUUUUGGAUUAUUUGUAAUAGCGAUUUAAUAGCAUUAAGAAAUCUGGAAAGAAGGACAAUUUACAAUGGGAUGUAGAAACUGAAGUUUACAUCUUGAAUGAAGUCAUGAGAGAAGGAUUGCAAUUCUAUUUCCUAAAGGAGAUUAGAUUGGAAAUGUAGAAGGAAUAAUACAUAGAUUCCAAAUAACAAAUGCUUGUUGCCACUCCUCAGACUUGGAUUAAUAAAUAUCCCAAAAUUGAAUUAAAUUUCUUAUCUGCAGACUUCAUGUAUGAUUUGAUGAACACGGGAUGGAGUGUUAUGAAUAAAUUCAUUAAUAACAAUGACUAUUGUCAUGCCUUAUUUAAAGAAUUAGAUUUUCUAGAAAGAGAUGGUCGAUUCGAAGAGGUUCAAACUGAACUCCAAAGAGAUGACAAGACAUUUUGGUUGACUCUCAGUUAAAUGGAUAAGGAUUCCUUUAAAAAUCUCUAUUUCAUCUCUCACAUCCUCAGUGCCUUACCUUAUGAGUUGAAUUCCAAGAACAAAGAUCUACUAGUUUAGAUUAGCGAAUCAUACCAAAUAAGUUUCUUUGGAGGAAAGGAUAAAAAACAUAAGAAGCAUUUUGAUUCUUCCUUCGAUAAAAAGGCUGAUACAGGAAAAAAGUUCACUUUUCUUUACGUUGUUAAUCCUGUUACCAUUGAAAUUGAAGAACAAAAAAUCACUUUGCAGCCAGAUAAUAUUGUUGGUCUCAUGAGCAGGAAAAUACCAUAUGCACUAUACUCAAAUGAUGGCAGAGCCUUUUUAAUAAGAUAUUUUAUAGAUGGACCUGUGACCAAUAUUUGUUGA